GGAUUCAGUUGAAUUUCGACUGCCCGACAAGCCAGUCUCUCCAUCGCUUUUCUCGCCCGCGCGCGUCGGUCUUUUCUUUGUCCGCAUCUCCGCAUUUUCCCAGUAUCUCGGUGUCUCGGUGUCUCAGUGUCUCAGUGCCUCCAGUGCCGACAGUUUUCCCCCGAAAAUUGUCAAAAUAAUACCGGAAAAAAUUGCAAAAGAAGGCAGUACAUGUAAUAAAUAAAAACGAGCGAAGAAUAGCCAACCGUGAAAAUAUAAAUAUAAAUUCCUGGCGUCAACUGUCAGCGACAGCGGCAUUUUCCAGCACCAUGUUGUUUCUGGGCAUUCGGCGAUUUUAGUGGUGCAACAGAAUAUUGCGCUUGGCUUGGCAAAGUAGAGAUGGCCCCAAAUGGAUUCUGUCGGACACUGGCGGCGGCAGCUGCCUAGAAAUCCUGGGGAGCUCGACACCGAUAAGGAAGCCCCAAACCCGAAACUGAAACCGAAACUGAAACCGAAACCGAGACGCCAAACUCGAAAAUAAUGUGCUGCAGGAGUGGGCGGCAUUGAAGUUGACAACACUUCGGUGCAGCGAGUCAAGAGCACAGGGUUAAAAGCAUUUUUUCUUGGCGGAGGGGGAGCCGGAGGAGUACAAUGGUCAUCCAGUGCACAUGUGAUUGCAACUGCAGUGAUAGUAGAGAUAACCGGAGCGUCAUAUCCUGCCUGCUUCCGGGUCGCAGUCAGCCGUACAAGCUGGGAUCCUCGUUCGGUGGCGAUGAUAUGGAGCAGAGGAUACCGUACUACCGCCGCCUAUCGAAUACCUCAUCGGCGCUCUAUGGCAGCUGUCCCCAGUUGUUGCCCAGCAGCAGUAGCACCAACAACCGUCAUUCCUGGCUGAGAAUACCCAAGAAUCCCGAGGAGAAUCCCGAGGAGAAUCCCGAAGAGAAUCCCUCAGAGCAUCCACGACAGUACUCGAGUCUGGUGAGGCCCAAGCAACGCAGUCCCGUGCUGUGCAACAAAUCCUGGUGGGUCUCAUGUCCACGGCUCUCGUAUUUGCCCGCUGAGCAAACGAAAAUGCAGUCCGCGGCCACGCCCACACGUCACUGCCACGGAGGCGUUGGCGUUGGCGUUGGCGUUGGCGGGGGCGUGGGCACCCAAACCGCCCUUCCCCAAGCCACCAGCACACCACCCAACGUGCCCAGAUUCCCGAGCAAACGGCAUUGUGACAAUUUCGGCAGCUAUGCCACAUUGCCCACCAUUGAGCACCAGAUGACCAUGCCCAUGAUGCCCCACUGCAGUCGACACGGUGGCGGCGGGGGUGGCGUUGGUGGUGGUGUAGCGGGUGGUGCGGUGGCUUCUGGCAUGGCUGGUGUAAUGCCCGCCCCACCGCCGCCCCGCUACGCGAACCCAAAUUUAAAUGGCUGCUGUUAUAUGUACAAUCCCAUGCCACCCGCCCAUCAGAGCCACCAUCAGCAUGACCACCAUCAUACGCAGCACCACCCAGUGGCCCAGCAUCAGCACCACCCCCACCAGUACGGGCCGCAGUAUUGCCUCUGCGAUAAUUGGUACCAUCAGCCACCGCCGCCGCCGACGCAGCAACAGCAGCACCACCAACAAAGGGCCAAGAACCUGAUGGCCAACGGCGGCUGCUAUUUUGGCUACGAGGCGAAUCAUCAUCCCAGCCUGCAUGCCACGCCCCCGCAUCCAAGCCACAUAACCGACGAGGAGGAUUCCGCAUUUCCCGGCCUGGCCGAUCGAGAGUUCCACCUGCUGCACCGGAACAUUCCGGCACUGCGACGAACCGGAGUGGAUACCACACGCAUCAGACAGUACUUCUACCCCGACGGCGGCUGGGGCUGGAUCAUCUGUGGAGUGUCCUUUCUGGUCCACAUCCUGACCACCGGACUGCAGCUGAGCUACGGCCUUUUGUGGUUCUAUGCCGUCCAGUAUUUGCAUAAUACCAGUGGCAUAGAACUGCUGGGCGCUUUGAGCUGGUCAGUCUCCAUGGUGGCCACAUCGUUUGUGGUGUCGCUGUGCCGUAAACGCUCCAUCCGCCUCCUGUCCAUCGUGGGUGGACUGGUGAUGCCCCUGGGCAUAUUGUUCACCUCAUUUGCCACGGAAUUCGGCCAGGUUGUUUUCAGUUAUGGCAUCGUCUUCGGAGUUGGGGUCGCCAUGGUGCGGGAAGCUUCCACCGUGAUGCUGGGCAAUUACUUUAAGCGGCGCCGUCAAUUCGUCGAAAUGGUGGCCAUGUCCGGCGAGGGAGUUGGCAUCGCUUUGUUCUCCGUCAUUCUGAAGGAGGGCGUGGGCAAGGCGGGCUGGCGCCUGGGCCUCCAGAUUGUCGCUGCUUUGACGGCACUCAGCUUUUUCAUGGGCCUAAUGUACCGACCCGCCUCCCUCUAUCAUCCCCAGCGCCGGGCCAUCCAGCACCUCAAAAAUCAGCGCAAAAAGAUGCGGGAGAAAAAGCCGAUUCUCGGCCAGGAGGUGGAGAGCACACCCAAGUACUUUUUUCUGGACAUAUCAUCACUGAAGUCGGUGACUGUUAAAAUUUUACUCAUGACCUCCAGCGUGGCCUCUUUUGGCAUUUAUACACCCAUGUUCCUAAUGGCACUCAAUGCCGCCGAGCAGGGCUCUGAUGUGCAAGAAUUGGUCCUGUUGCAAACAUUUCUGGGAAUUUCGAUGGCCCUGGGAGUGGUCAUAGCUGGAGCUCUGUUAAGACGCUGUUUUGUGAUCAGGCACUUUGUGAUCAAUACCAAGAUUGUCACGCAGCUGUUCCUAUCAAUUGUGGCCUUGGCUAUCCUCUUUCUAUCCUUCGUCAUGGGCUACACGGGCCUUUGCAUACUGAGCUGGCUGUAUGGCAUUGGCCUGGGCGGCUUUCAAUACUCCCUGAAGAUUUUGGCACUCGAACGCAUCAAGCUGAAACAUUUCUCCAAGGCCUGGGGCUUCAUCCGGGGGGUUGAGUCAGUUCCUGUGCUGAUAAGCGUGCCACUUACCUCGUUUCUGAACGAUUACUCCCUCAAAUAUGGCCGGGCGGGCUAUUACAUAUGCUCGGCGGCGGCUGCCAUCUCGGGAAUUAUAAUAUUUUUCAUCAGCGAGCCGCAGCAGCAGCCGCAGCAUCAGCAGCACCAGCAGCAGUUGCACCAUCAUUAUCAGCAGCGAAAUGGUCACUUGGCGACGCCCACACUGAUGCGCCACUCCUCCGCCCGUCAGCACCGCCCCCCCUUGCCGAUGGACUAUGGAUACGGGGAGUACCCCGCCCCCGAUCUCCUCAGUCGCAGCUGCAUUAGUCUCAAUCAAAUGGAGCCCUAUCUGCAGACGAACUUCUGCCAAAGGCACAUGUUGCAGCAGCAGCAACAGCAGCAGCAGCAGCAUUCCCACCUGCAACAGUUGGCCUGCCACAAUCUGGACUUGCAGCAGCACCAGGGGCGUGGAGCCUACCAGUGGGGCCAGGGGAGCAUUGGGGCCAAGAUGGGCAAGCGGCUGCAGCGGAGUCUGUCCUUCAUCCAGCAGCACAGCAACUGCUGCGAUGGCCAAAUGUACUGCAGUUGGCACAGCACCUACGAACUGGGCUGUCACAAGAGCAACAAGAACCCAGGUUCGGCGGACCGUCAGCCAUUGAUAUGCACCUGCAGCAGUCCAAAUAGGAAUCCGGUCGCCUAUGGAACUCACGGACCAACUGGACCACCUGGACCAUCUGGACCACACGGACCACCCAGUUCCACCCGCAGCCGCAGUGUUCCAGAGGGUUUGUCCACGAUGUCGCAGCAGUGUAACUGUCGUCAGGGUCCUGCCACUUUUCCGGCCCCCACGCGGGAGUUCAUCUACGUGCCGCACGCCUAUGCCUCCCUGCAAAGAACCCCCCACCGCCACAGCCAGGGGGCGGGGGCGGGGUCGGGAAACUCGGCGUUGCGGAACAAUCCACAAUGCCGGCUGAAACGAUCCCAAUCCCUGUGCCGGCCCAAUGCCGUUCAGUUCGUGGAGCAAAUCACCACGUCCGUGUAAGAAUAUGGUAUGUGGCAAUGGCACUCGGCGAAAAGCAGAGAGAAAACCCUUGUCUUUCACAAAUACUAGAAAGCUAUGUAUUUCAAAAAUAGUGGUAUCUUAUGAUUAAAUAAGUCGGGUUUCCAACUAUAUCUCGGGAGGUUUAUCAGCACCUAAAACGAUGUCUAUAAGUAUGCUUUACCGAAAGGUUGUCGUGUCUCCCAGAGAGUUCCGCACUCAAAAUAUUACAAGGCAUACGCUUAGAACCCUUCAACAAACUGUUUACUUUCUAGAAAUCAGAAAAUCUAAAACCUAGGCAGAUUUUCCACAUUUAUGGUGUCGUGAUUAAAUAGGCUUCGGUGUCAUUUUCUUCGAGUGUGAUCGAAACCAGAGAACAAACAAAAUCGAAGAUGCCCCCUAGCAAUUGGGUGCUAUAAAACUUAUAUUUUGGUAUUAUGGUCCCACCCACACACACGGCUACGUGAACCGCAUGCACAAUUUGUCAGAUCUCUUCUAGUCUUUUGUCGUAGCUCUAUUAGAAAGGUAAACUUAAAAACAGCAACCAACCGAAGGAAGUCCCACAACGCCCAAACGAAGAAAGAAACUCAAUGAAUUUUUCACAAAACAAAAAAUCCACACUCAACUUUUACACAUACGCAUGCAUAAGAUAGGAUGGAAAUUUUACUCAUUAGCAUAUUGAUAUAUUAUAGAGAUUACGGACAGACGAAAAGCUUUAUCUUUGUCUCAAGCAAAAAGUAUUCAACUUGUGGCCAAUACAUAAAUAUUUAUGAGAUAAUUCAAUCGAGCAGAGGACAGACGCAAUGAAAACGGAAACAAACAAACAUCUUGAAUGGUCCAUUUUAUAAACGUGCAUACAAUUUAACCACCGAAAACCGAUUAACGAUAUAUACAUACAUACAAAAGACAAUGAAGUCGAUCCAAUUAAACGGCUCUUUUCCGGAGGAAAACGCUGAAAGGUUCUCAGUGCGGAGUUUUCGUGUCGGCGAACUACUUUAUUUUCAAUAACAAUUAUAUAUUGCAUAAUUAAGAAGCGUUUAACGACGGACGACAGAAUGAAAGCAAACCAACUGCCGAUGGAAAUGAAAAUUACCUUCGCCUUAUUUUCCAAUCGAAAUGAGGCAUACGAAAACAUAAUUACUGCCAAUAUGAUAGCCUUAAUUUAUUGGGCAGAACUUUACUUCGUACGUGGUCAAUAUUUUGGAAUGGAUACCUUGUAGUUUUUCUAACCCGUAAAUCAAUAAUAAAAUAUUUGCCUUUAUGCAUAUAUUAUUUGCACCUUUUGAAAGGUGAAUUCCAUUUUAUUUUCAAGGCUACAUUACAUUUUCAUUUUUUCGAUUGGAAGCGAACUACAAUAAUCCCCAGCACAUUUUAAAAUAUACGGCCCAUAAAUAACAGAA